AUGGCGCCGCAAUUGGACACGUGUCAGCAAAAAUUUGCAGCUGGAGGCAACACCUGGCAUGCCAAGCGGAGCCACAUCAGCACUACAGAAGCAGCUCAAAAUAAGACAGGCAGCACUGACACAGAGAAGAAGGCCAUCAAGAAGGCACUGCAAUUUGCCGAGGCAGCCACAGCGUGGCAAAGGCAGAGAGUGCAGCAAGAGGCACUCAAGGCUUUAGCCGCACCUCACAUCACAGACAUCCCAUCAGGAGACCUUCUGCCGUCCAUCACAGAGGCGCGGCUGCCCUCCUUGUCAGGGCAGGAGCAGCAGCAGGAGGAGCAGAAGGGCGCUGAUGCAGACGCAACUGCCAGAAAGACCGCAGCUAUGAGGGAUGAGCUGAGCGCUCAGCAUGCAGCGGCAGAGCGAGAGUGGGCACAGGAGAAACAGGACCUGCAGAAGCUGCUGAAUGAGCAAACAGAGAAGACCCGGUUGGGGACCUUGACCAUGCACUGGAACGCCUACAGAAGGGAGUACAAGCGGCAGGACUGGGCUGCCAAACAUGGCGUGAAAGCUGGCAAGAAACUGCUGCGAAAAGAUAUCUUCAAGCGGCUGGGUCUGGUGGCUGCAAAGUCAAAGAAGAGCCAGAAGCUCAAGCGGCCCAUUGGCAGACCCAGGGGCAGCGCAAAAGCUAGCUCAAUCAGUGCUGCAAAUUCCUGUGAGGAUGUUGACAGGACCAGCAAUGGCGCUGAUGGAGGCGGGGGUUUUCCUGUGGAUGGUUGGAAGGCAGUGGGUACACCUCGGCCUGGGCAACCUGAGAAGCUCAACUACCUGUACAAACCCCCUCAGGAUUGGCACGUGGCCAAGGUGGACCGUCCCCUGAGAAUGGUGGAGAUCGAGCGCCUGCUAGGUCUCAAGUGCACCUUCAAGCCCGCGUGGAGACACCCUGCCAAGAAGCGCAUCAACUUCAAUGAGGCCAGCACAGCAGCACAGAGCUAUGCCACUGCCAGUGAUGCAGAUGCAGAUGCUGAUGGCCAUGCUUCUGAGCAGCCAUCCAAGAGGCCCAGGCAGCCUGACAGCAGCGAAAAACCCCCAGAGGAGCCCGCCAUGGAGCCUGCACUAGCAUGUGAAGCAGAGCCGCCGGUCAUGGACAGUGCAGCUGCAUGCGCAUCACCCAGCACUGAGUUGGAAGAGGGAGUUGAAGCAGCGGGCACUCCAGAGAUGCCAACAGAAUCCUUGCCAGGGGCGCUGCAGCCACAGCAGGAGGAGCAGCCACAGCAAGAGGAUGCAGAUGACGUGUGUACCAUGUUUGUCACUGUGAGCAAAGAGCUCAGCCAGCAGCGUGCAGCGGCUGAGAGGGACUGGACACGCAGGCUGAAGGGCCUGCAGGAGCAGCUCAAGGAGCAGGCAGAGAGUGCAGACGGGCUGCAGUCGGCACUGCAGGAUGCGCGCGCGGCAGAGGGACAGUGGGAUUUGGAGAAACAGGACCUGCAGUCUCAGCUGCAGGGGGCUCAGGCAGAGUGCAGCAGGCUGACUGUGCUGGCAGAAAGAGCUGGCGAGGUGCAUGAAGCGGCAGAGGGGCAGUGGAAUCGGGACAGGGAAGUUCUUCAGAAGCAGCUGAGGGAGGCAACAGAGAGGGGUGAUGCACUGCAGUCAGCGCUGCAGGAGGCUCAGGCAGCUGCAGGCAAUGGGGAGAUGUGUGACCUGCACAUCAUGCUGAGGGCCAUCAAGAUCAUCAACGAGUCCCCAUCCCUCAAGGGGGAUUUCCUGUCCGCUCUGAACCUGUAA